CCUUUACAACCAGGAAGAUGGAUUUGUUAUCGAUCAAAUGGGCUAUUAUUUUCCUAAUAUCGAUACUUUUUAAUGACAGCAGCUGUAAUUCAGUGGAACAGAAGAUCUACGUGCAGCUCAACAACACUGUUCCAUGUGUAAGACUGCUCAAUGCAACACAUCAGAUAGGUUGCCAGUCAUCUAUAUCAGGUAAUGUGGGUGUGAUUCAUUUGCUGGAGUCAGAGGAAAACCUGGAUUGGGUUCUGAGGACUGGACCUAACCCUCCUUACAUGGUCCUACUUGAGUGGCCACUCUUUACCAGGUCUGUCAUGAUAAAACUGAAGACUGGCUCUAGCAGGGUGGCCGGCGUUGCUGUCGUGGGCCAAAACACAAACCCACCUGAGGGCUUUUCUCCCCACACCACCUGCCCUAAUGAAAACACAGGUGUGUACUCAGACAGCUAUGGUCCACUCAUGGCCAAUUGUAAUGGCACAGUGUGGAAUCCACUAGGAAACGGCCUGUCCUAUGAGAAUUUUGACUUCCCCAUCUUCCACCUGAAAGAAGACAACGAGACCCAAGUAAUACGACAGUGUUAUUUUGACCAUAACCAUGCUGUGAAUGGCAGCGCCCCCCAGUACCCCUUGUGUGCCAUGCAGCUGUUCUCCCACAUGCAUGCUGUCACCGACACGGCCACAUGCAUGAGGCGAAACGACAUCAACUUCAGCAUCAUUCCAGAGGUGGUGUGUGACCCUUUGGGUGACUUCAAUGUGUGGGGCUCUACCAAGCCUCUCAACAGCACAGCAAAAGGCCACAAGGAAGAGGAGAGCAUGGUUAUAGCUGCAGCAAGGCUUGACAGCAGGUCCUUUUUCUCGGAGGUUGCUCCCGGAGCAGAGAGUGGGGUCUCGGGGUUUGUCACUCUGCUGGCUGCCGCCCAUGCGCUGCAUAAAGCCACCCAGGCGGCCCACCCUCCACGCACCAUCCUUUACACCUUCUUCCAAGGGGAAGCCUUUGACUACAUUGGCAGUUCACGGAUGGUGUAUGAAAUGGGGAAUGAUCAGUUUGCCAUAGACUUGGACAACAUCCACUCUGUUCUGGAGAUUGGACAGGUGGGACUAGGCAAAGGCUCUGGCCUGUGGCUUCACUCAGACCCCGUGUCCAGGAGGAAUAGCAGCAGCAUAAAUAAUGAGGUGAGGACACUCAUUGGCAAUUUGCAGUCUGCAGCCACAGACCUAAACAUCUCAUUGGUUGAACCUACUGUCUCUCAACCACUCCCGCCUUCAUCCUUCCAACGUUUCCUGCGAGCUCAGCCAAUCCCCGGCAUCGUUAUCACAGACCACCAAACUGCUUUUGCCAAUAGGUACUAUGAGAGUAUGUAUGAUAAUGCAGCGUACCUGAACCUAACCUACCCACCAAACCUGACUCCAGAGCAGCAGCUGGAGUUUGUCACAGAGACAGCAAGGGCUCUGACUGAGUUGGCCACAGUGAUUGCCCGUGCUCUCUAUAAGCAGGCAGGCGGAGAUGAUGCCCAAGUAGCCAACAUCAUUGCAGAUCCUCAAAUAGUGACUCAGAUGCUGUAUGGCUUCCUGGUACGGUCCAAUAACUCUUGGUUCCAGGCUGUAAUACCACCAGAACUCCAGAGCCUUCUCAAAUCUGAGCCACCAGAGUACUACGUGGGUGUGGCCCUCUCAUCCAGCCUGGCCCGGACCUCCACCCGUCUGGUCCAGUAUGUGCUGGCUAACCUAACGGGUACCGCCCUAAAUAUCAGCCAGGAGAACUGUCAAAACCAGAGAAUAGAUGAGGAGGACAAAGAGAGCAAACAUAUGUACUCCUUCCUGUGGGUCCAGGGUCCGGCUACCCCAAAUGGCACAGAGAGGGAGGGCCUCUGUGUCCGCUCCUCAGUGCGCCUCUCUAAAGCAGUGUCCCCAGCCUUUGACCUCCUCCAGGAGUACAACUCUAAAGACUACUCCACGUGGACAGAGUCCCGGUGGAAGUUCAUUAGUGCACGUAUAUUCCUGGUGGCCAGCCAUGACCUGCAGAUGCUGACACUGGGGGUUGGUGUGGCUGUGCUGCUGAUGUCCCUACUGCUCACAUAUGUCAUCACCUCCAAGGCCGACAUACUAUUCAGCUCGGGGAGAGAGCCUACCAAUGCCACAUACUAAGAUGGAGCACGACUGGGUGGGGUGGAGAGGGAGGGGGACGAGAGAGGGUUUCAAACCCACAACCACUAGUACGACUACUACUGCUCUUCCAGCCAAGCAUGGACUGGGAGUUGUUUUUUUUUUUCCCCCGUCUGUUGUUGUUUUUUUUUUUUUUACAACACAAGCAUUUAGGUACAUAGACAGGUUAGGUGUAGCUGGAGGAGUUUAACAUUUUCGACCAUGAUUCUGCAACCAUGGACUCACUUAAGUGAGGUGGGGCAUAAGGACUGGAUUGGCCUGGAUGGCUUCGGACUCAUCAGGGUCAGAAAGCACUGGUCUAGUGUCGCUUGGCUCUGCCAGUGUAAAAGAUGUUCAUAUUUUUCUUUUUGGGGGGAUUCUUUUUUUCCCUUUGUUUUCAUAGAAUGUUUUGUUUACUGUGUUAUGGGAUUGGACACGACAUUGUUUGAACCUACACUUCUGUGUGUGUGUGUGUGUGUGUGUGUGCAUGCGCGUGUGUGCGAGGUGUGAGAUCCCCUCUGAAUGUGUGUGAAUGUUGUAUGAAGAUUGUGAUGGUAUGUGCAAUACCCAUCUUUUCUCCGUAUGUAGUUAACUUAUCAGACAUUUCUAAUCAAAGGAACCACUUCCUGGGUUAUGAGAAGACUCGGGUAGUUAGGUGUGAGCUGAUGAAUGAACGCACAGAUUAAGAUACAAUAAAAUGAUACAAUUGUACUGCACAGGGUUCCUCCACAAGGCCCGGAAAAAUCUGGAAGAGUGCGAUGAAAACUUAAACAAAUUUGAACAAGGUCAUCGUUCACAAAAUAAAGUUUAUGUAAAAAAUACUUAAUGUAUUAGAAAAUAUAGUUGCUCAGUCCCUGUACACAUAUAACUACAGAUGUAUGUACCCGUAGACCCUCUGUCAUUUAACAUAUUGUGACAUUUGUGUGGGACGAUUCACAAAUCUCACGGUUCGAUAUGUUUAAUGAUUCAGGGCUCACGAUUUCGAUUCAAUACAAUACAGUAGAUGCCUUGGUAAGCAAGCGACAAUACACCAUUGCAGUUCUCUAUUUUUCAUUUAUUUUAAGAAGUAGGUCCAACAUUUUGGCAUUAUCAAGCCACGUAUUCAAACGUAAUGCAAGUGCAAAAGUUCCAACAAAAUUUUGUGCCAUCUUUUCUUGUUUGGUUACACAAUUGCUUUACUUUAAAACUUUCAACUCUAAAAACUACUAGAACGACCAAGGUGCUUAUUUGGACCGUUUUGGAUUUUCAAAGUUAAAUAACUUUUUGGGGAAAAAAAGAA